AUGAAUCCUUAUCCCAAGAUUGUAGAUAAGAAGCUUAGGCCUGGUGCUUUUAGCAUGAUUUAUGCUUAUAUGGAUUUCACUGAUGGUGAUAGUUUCAACAAAGCCCUAGAACUUGAUGGAUCUGUACUUAAUAAGCAUUCCUCGUCUGUGGAGGAGGCAAAGCCAAGAGGUGAAUUCUUUGAUGGUCCCAGUGGCGGAAGAAGUGGUGGUAGGAGUGGAGGAAGAGACGGUGGUGGUGGUAGAAAUGGAGGAAGAGAUGUUAGUGGUGGAUGGAGUGGGGGUGGUGGCAGAGGACGUGGAAUACCUAAUAAACCGAACCGUGCUGCUACCGGCACAUGGAAGAAGACUUCCACAGAUGACGAUUAA